GCAACACCCAGCAAGAGGAAACUGGUUCCUGGGAGGGAGGCUGACGCAUUCACCUCCAAGAACACCUGAGCUCAAGAAUCUGCCUCGCUGUUAACAGAAGAUCAGAAAUCCACUCUUUGGUUUCAGAUUUGGAUCUCUGCCUUUGAUGACAUCAAAUCUUUGCCACCGGUGGCCACUGCAAAGGACCACAACUUAGAGGAGAACUUCUGUGGGACACUUCCUGAUGUGGAGCAUCCAAAGUAAACCUGAGCCGCGAAUGCAUACUUUUCAUGCGUGAAAGUUAAGGAAUGAAUGCGAUCAGGAAGAAGAGAUUUUGGGCAUUAUGCUCCUGCGUGAUGGCCUUUUUUUUCCUUCUUGUCACUCUACAGGUGGUUGUAGAACUUGGGAAGUCUGAAAGGAUGGAGACAAAAAGCGUGGUUUCACAAAGGGGUGCACCCGAAGAGGAAGAACGGCAGAAAUAUGCAAGCUUGUUGGUAAAGAAACCAGAUUCUUCCAGCGCCACAAAGACAAUGGUGAAUAAAGACAGCUACCCUGUCUUGGUUUGGUGGUCGCCACUGACAGGAGAGACUGGGCGGCUUGGUCAGUGCGGUCGAGAUGCCUGCUUCUUUACUAUCAACAGGACUUAUCAGGACAAUCCUAUGACGAAAGCAUUUCUCUUCUACGGUACAGACUUCAGUAUAGAUGGCUUGCCUCUUCCCCGUAAGGAGCACCACGACUGGGCCCUUUUCCAUGAAGAGUCACCCAAAAAUAACUACAAGCUCUUCCAGAGACCAGCUAUCACCUUGUUCAACUACACAGCCACUUUCAACCGCCGUUCACACUUACCGCUCACAACCCAGUACCUCGAAAGUAUCGAGGCGCUACAGUCACUGAGGUACAUGACCCCUUUGCAAAAGAAGAACAGCUUGAGGAAGCGGCUCGCUCCGCUUGUCUACGUGCAGUCGGACUGUGACCCCCCCUCGGACAGGGACAGCUACGUGAAGGAGCUGAUGACUCACAUUGAGGUGGACUCGUACGGAGCCUGUUUGCAUAACAGAGACCUUCCGGAGCAUCUCAAUAAUCCGGCAUUCAUGGACAGUGAUAAUUUCUACGAGAUACUUGCUCAGUACAAAUUUGUCUUGGCUUUUGAGAAUGCCGUUUGUGAGGACUAUGUCACGGAAAAACUCUGGAGACCACUGAAGCUGGGAGUGGUUCCCGUUUAUUACGGCUCUCCCAGCAUCGCAGACUGGCUUCCCAGCAAUAAAAGUGCUAUCCUGGUGGCAGGUUUUUCACAUCCCAGGGAGCUCGCAGUGUACCUCAAGGCUUUGGAUACAGACGACAAGGAAUACGAGGCCUACCUCGAAUGGAAAUUAAAAGGCUGCAUCUCCAAUGAACUGUUGCUCACUGCUAUGAAAGAGCGCACGUGGGGAGUGCAGGAUAUCACGAAGGACAAUUAUAUCGAUGCUUUUGAGUGCAUGGUGUGUAAUAAAGUGUGGCAGAACAUCAGGAGAGAAAUAAAGGGAAUGUUACCAAGAAAGUGGAAUGCGGAAGCUAGCCACCUGAGCUGCCCCAGACCUGAAGCAUUCGUUUUUUCAUCUUCAAAUAGUCACAGAACACCUCUGCAAGACAUGUGGAUACCAAGUUUCGAGCAGUCCAAGAGAGAAGCGAAGGCCUUGAGGCAGCUGGUCGAAAGGAACCGAAAUUUCACGGCUCAGGAAUUUUGGACUCUGGUGUUCAAGGGAAGGAACACCAGAGGCCUUUGACUUCAUGAGAGAGGGAGGGAAAACCAGUUUGCAAAAGAUCUUGUAGGAUAAGCUGUUGUCUGAAGAUGGCCUUAAUAUGGUAAGAAGUGGUUUUUGCCACAGGAUAUACGAAGAGGAAAUGUGGUAUUAGUGAAUACUAAUCCAGAGUAGAAACACUCCAGUCAGGUUGAAAUCUGAUAUGUUUUUAUACUAAUACUUAGUAUAAAUUAUGAGCAUAAUUAAUACUGGAGCACAAGCACCCGGUCUCCAUUUUAUAUUUUGCAUUGCAUCUGCUCCUGCCCUGGAAAUUGCUUCCAAGUCACUUGGAAAGACAUCGGUCCACGUGGUUCAGCUAAACAGCGUGUCUAUAAACUAUCCAAGCAAUGGACCUCCCACAGGACCAAACAUCCCAAACUGCUGGAAAGCCAAACCCUAUGGGCAGAAGCCUUUCCCUGAACAGAGUCCGGCAAAGGGGCAGCUGCAACCACCUUGGGAGAGAUGUAUGUGAAGGGGGUCUCAGAGAAUAUGCCUCACCCGAAGCCUGCAAGGGCUGCUUUAUAGUAUUCAAACUGCUGGUAACACCUGUACAGUAGAGCCACUGUCUGUGUAAUUGGUAUGGUUUCUUUCCAUACUGACGUUGCUGAUCUGGGGAGGAUCACUGGGGAGAGAAAGAGCCAGGGCUUUUUUCAGCAGGAAUGCGGUGGAACGGA